UUAUCCGUAGUAUACAUUUUAUAUUUUACAUACUAAGCUGUAAGAAUUUGAUGAAAAUGUUUAAACAAUACGAGUACUUCUGUAGGUCUUUACUUGAAGCAUAGCUUUGGAAAUAAAUAUUUUUAUAGCGAUUUCUCUACUUUAAUUUUGUGAUAUUUCGUUGUUCGUAAGUAAAGAUUUAAUAUUGUUUAUAUUAUAGGGUUAUGGAUAAAUAUAAAUUGUUCAUGUUAAUACACUAUACUGUAAUUUUUUUCUAAAAUAUUUUAUCCUCUGUUUGAGGCUAUCAACGAUUUAUUGUUAUCAUAAGAGUUAUUGUUAUCACAAGUUAUCAUUGUUGGCUCACUAAUUUCUGUUUGAUGUCCUAAGCUUUACUGAACUACAGCGAAUAAACGAGAGAUACAUACGAUUAUUUCGUAGCUAAAAUAGCAAUCUGUGUGAUGUUUUAUGUGUGAUGCAUUAUUCUAAAAAAAUUUAUGUGGUAUACGCCACACGGCAACUCAAUGACGAGGAAUUGGAAUAGACGAUGCCUUUAUAUUGAUAGCUGCGUGGAGGAGAACUGACGUUGACGCUUCUGUUCCAGAUAGAAUGAAAGAAGCAUAUGCCGAAGCUGCUGUCUCUAUCACUAUUACGUCUCUGACCAACUUUCUUGCCUUUUGUACGGGAUUUGUGACACCUUACAAAGUGAUUCAUAUAUUCAGCGCGUAUGCGGCUCUUGCAAUCCUGUUUGACUACAUUUAUCAGUUAUUGUUUUUUGGUGGCCUCAUGGCUUUGGAUGGAUACAGAGAGAAGUAUAAACUGCAUUCUGUCAUCUGCUGUCCAAUUAAACGAAAUUAUCAGGGAAUUGUAAACAAAAAACAAUUCAAAUUGACAAACAAGAAAGAAGAAAAUAUCUUUUUGGCAUUUUUCCGCAAUAUUCUCGGCAAAAUGCUAGGAAAACCAAUCGUUAAAACUAUCGUAAUUGUUCUGUUUAUGGUUUAUCUUAUAGGUGCAAUAUAUUGUAUGCAAUUCACUCAAGAAGAAAACGAUGUAGUUAUAUUCUUUCCAUACUCUUCAUAUGCGUUUGAAUAUGUAAAGUUUGAAAAUAAGUAUUUUUCUAAUUAUAGUCAUCAAGUUCAAAUAAUUAUUAACGAGUCAUUAGACUAUUCGAAUGUCAAUGUCCAAAAUGAUAUAGAGGAUCUCCUGCAAAGUUUCGAGUCUGCUCCAUUUAUAUCCGAUUCGUCGACCACAGAAAGUUGGCUGAGAGAAUUUCUGGCAUUUACUAAAUCUUCAGUUGCAGAGUUUUCUCUUUCUGGUUACAAUCUGAGUGAUUCUGAUGACUUUUUGAGUGCAUUUAAAAAUGUUUUCUUGAAAAUAAACGUCGCAGGCAGGUUUAAAAACGAUGUUAUUUUUAAUAAAGAAGGCGAUGAAAUUACUGCUUCGAGAUUUAUAAUAUCCAGUUGUGAUCUAAGAGGUGGAAUUGAUAAAAGAUCAUUUCUUGAAAAUGUAAGAAGAAUUGCCGAUGACAGCAAAAUUCCUGUAAUUGUAUAUAAUUUUAGAUUUUUGUAUUAUGACGUUUAUGUGAAUAUUUUUUCAAACUGCGUUAAAUCGAUUAGUGCUGCAGGGGGUACAGUAAUUAUCGUUUUUCUUUUAUUUACACCGAACAUAUUGUUUCUUGUUUCUGUCGUCAUGACUAUUGUUUCUAUUCAGGUUGGCUUGAUUGGAUACAUGUCUUUAUGGAAUGUUACUGUGAAUCCACCUUCAAUAAUAAUAUUAGUGAUGUGUACGGGAUUUUGCGUAGAUUAUACAGUACAUACGACUUACGCGUUUAUCAAUUAUAAAAAGAAAACACCAAAUGAGAAAAUCCGAAAUUGCUUAUACGCUGCUGGAUAUCCUGUCUUACAGGGAUGCUUAACUACCGUUUUGGGUGUUUCGGUAGCGUAUUUUGGACCAUCGGAAUCAUUUGUGAUAUUUUUUAAAAUCAUAUCUUUAAUGGCAUUUUUCGCUUCAUUUCACAGUCUUUUUUUAUUGCCCGUAGUUCUCAGCCUUUUGGAUUCCCUUUCGUUUUCUAUUUUUAAACGAAAAAAACAUAAGUUUGAAUGUAAUGAAAUUGUUUCGAACGAACUCGAUUCUUUAAAUUCUGAAAACACAAUUCAGAAACAUGAAUGUUUAUAAUUGAAUUUAAAUUUAUUUAAUUGAAACAGUUUAUA